AUGGAGGUGAUCACGGCCGUGUUAAUUGUGGUCAUUGUAGGUCUGAUUUUAAGAUGGACGAGACAAACCCGUAACCUCCCGCCUGGUCCUGGGGGUAUACCAGGUUUAUCCGGAUUAAAACUAAUGGCGUCCGAUAAAAUACCGACGAGGACUUUCCGUAAAUUGAGAAAGAAAUAUGGAGACGUUUUCAGCAUUCGAAUCGGAACACGGCUCCUUGUCGUUCUUAAUAGUUAUGACGUCAUAAAAGAAGCCCUUGUGAAAAGGGCAGACGAAUUCUCAGAUCGUCCUAAUACCUUCGCUAAUACGAUGUUUGUCAAAAACAGAGGUUUACUUGCAAGUUCGGGAGACCACUGGAAACAAACGAGAACCUUCUCACUGACUGCUCUCCGGGAGUUCGGAUUCGGGAAAAAAUCACUGGAGGGUAAAAUCAAGGAAGAGGUCGAUGUGUUCUUGGAUGUCAUUGGCCAAAGCAAUGGUGAACCAUUUGAUAUCAACACUCUUGCGCAUUCUUGUGUGUCCAACGUCAUAUGCAGUAUUGUAUUCGGACAACGUUUUGAGCACGACGACAAGGACUUUAAGUGGCUACUAAGCAAAAUCGAUUUACAAUCUGCCAGCCCUACAAGUAUCGUAAAUACGCUCCCUGUGUUACGAUUUCUACCAGGGGAUAUGUUCGGUAUUAAAACGUUUUUUAAGAACUUAACACAAUUAAGAGAAUACUUCAAGAUGUCAGUUGAGAAACACAAAAAGAUGUUUGAUCCGAACUCUACGCAAGAUCUUAUAGAUGCUUUUAUAAAGGAACAACCGAAACACGACAACAACCCUGUGUACAGAUACGAUAAUUUACACUUCAUCAUUCUUCAUCUGUUUUUGGCGGGAACGGAGACUACCACUACAACGAUUCGCUGGGCUAUUGUUUAUUUACUAAGGAACCCGGACAUGCAGACUCGUUUGUUUCAGGAAAUAGAAUCAGUCGUCGGGCUGUCCCGUCCGCCAACCGUUGCUGACAGACCUAAUAUGCACUAUUGUGAAGCGUUUCUCACAGAAAUCCUCCGCCGUACCAAUAUAGUCCCCCUCUCUGUACCGCAUGGAUCAUUGAAGGAUAUUUACUUCAGGGGAUAUCGCAUUCCAAAAGAUUCCACAAUUCUUCCUAAUUUGGACUCGAUAUUAAGUGAUCCGGACAUUUUCCCGAACCCCGACCAAUUCGACCCGACCAGAUUUUUAGACCAACAAGGACGAUUCUGUGGUGCUGAAAAAGUCGUUGCUUUCUCCCUUGGGAGACGAGUGUGUCUUGGAGAGGCAUUGGCGAGAAUGGAGAUGUAUCUGUUUCUUACCUCCUUUGUACAGAGAUUUGAAGUUCAACCUGACGACCCCAACAAUCUACCCUCAGAGGAGGGUAUUUUCGGCAUAACCUACGGCCCUUAUCCUUAUAAAUUCAGGGCAGUACCCAGGAACUGAUAUGUGACUUAAUACCAGUUUUAUGUACAUCAGCGCUAUGUGCGAUAUAUGGGCGUUCCUGUUGGUGUGCUAUUUUCACGACUUUUUUUUCAAAUUAGACAGAAAUCUUCGUAAUCGUUCAUAUAACAAAAUCAUUUUUAAAGGACU